UCAAGAAGCAUCAGACGCCUAAACAAUAUGGCGGCUAGUGUUUGUUGUUUUUAUCGUUAGGGAAUUUUUAUGACCGUUACGACAAAUUGGUGUGUGUGUGUACAUGUGUGGCUGAGAAGACUUGACCUAGGAGGUUUACCAGGCUUAGUAAUGGUGAGACAGUUGGAGACAACUGAGGCUCAGUGAUGGUGACACAUUGAGAGAGUUACAACAAGAUGCCAACACCAGGUAGAGGUCCAGGUCGGCCACCAAAAAACCCACGCACUUGCACAUGGUGUUCUGAGGUAAAAUCGCAACUGAAGUAUGUGUUUCCUACAAGCUCAGGAAAACGAGAAUUCUGCUCGGAAAUGUGCCUCUCGGAAUACAGAAAAGCCCUUAUGAAGGGCACGUGUGCCAACUGUGACAAUGUUAUCCGGUCGACACCAGUCAAGUGUGAAACGUCUUCUGGUCGUCGGAGAGAACUCUGCAGCAAUGAGUGCCUUAAGGCUUGGGCCAAGAAAGAAAAGGAGAAAGAACAUGUGGAAGUUGAAGAAGAAAUGGGUGUUGCUUCAUCCUCUUUCUCCUCCUUGACCACUCCACCCUCAAGCAUGUCACCCUCCUCUGGAAAUGGAGUGUCUCCCAAUGAAAAGGCUCUCGGCUUGGAAGCGGCUGCGGGUAGGAAAGGUCGUGGUCUGAGUGCCGCUGCAUUAGCCCAGAUGGAGGCUGCUGCAGAGUUCAACUGGGAAGACUACCUCAUGGAGACUAACUCGAUUCCAUCUCCUGCCAAGUGUUUCAAACAGCACAAGAUACCCCCCAAAAAUGAGUUCAGAAUUGGGAUGAAACUGGAAGCUUUAGAUCCCCGUAAUCUGACCUCAACAUGCAUUGCCACAGUAGUUGGGACUUUGGGCCCUAGACUGCGGCUGAGACUAGAUGGCUCGGAUAAUAAGAAUGAUUUCUGGCGACUGGUGGACUGUAACAAUGAGAUACAUCCUAUCGGCCACUGUGAAGAGCAUGGUGGAAUGUUGCAGCCGCCUCUUGGUUUCCGGAUGAAUGCAUCUUCUUGGCCAAUGUUCCUCUUGAAGACUUUACACAAUGCAGAAGUUUCUCCACCACACAUAUUCCGUACAGAGCCACCAACUCCACAAAAAAAUUAUUUCGAAGUGGGUAUGAAGCUGGAGGCAGUAGACAAAAAAAAUCCUCAGCUUAUCUGUGCUGCAACUGUAGGUGCGGUGAAUGGUGACAUGAUCCAUGUAACCUUUGAUGGGUGGCGAGGAGCGUUUGACUACUACUGUCGGUAUGACUCUCGGGACAUAUUCCCCGUUGGGUGGUGUGCUAUGUCAGGUCAUCCUCUACAACCUCCUGGGCAGAUGUGGGGUCCUCCUAGCAGUCGGUACAAAGCUCGUGUGCUGAAUAUCCCUCCUCCUCUGGCAGGGCCAUCGUCCAAGUCCCCAGAAAUAGUCCCAGAGAAAAGCCCUUCAUCAACUGGAACUUCACCUGCCAAGUCUGUCAGUCGAAGUAGACACCGAUCACCCUCUCCACCUCCCGUUAGUCCUACCCCACCAAGCCAAACCACUCCCUCCAAGUCAACACAAAGUUCAUCAUCUAGCAAACCAUCAUCAACUACUAAAGCAUCAUCAGCAAAUAAAUCAUCAUCAUCCCCAUCAACAGCAGUUAAACCUUCAUCUUCAUCAAACAAACUGCCAUCAUCUAAGCCAUCGUCAUCAUCAUCAGCAUCUACAACACCAUCAUCUUUACCAUCAUCACCCACAAAAACCCCUGCAGGAUCAGCGGGUUCUGAUAGUAGUAACACUACCCCAGCCCUCACCAACAGUCAGUCAGAUGCAUCAACCACCAACACCACCACCACCAGCAUUGUAGCAGCCAUAAGUUCAUCUACCAUUUCUUUAGCUCAUUCAUUACCUCCAGCACCCAGAUCACCAGAAACCCCAACUUCUCCCUCAAUAUCAUCCUCCCAUAAAUCAGCAGCCUCAUCUAUGGGGUCUACCAGUGGUACAGGUCCAGCAACACAAGUUGGCAUUGGGUCUGAGUCAACAAAACCAGUGCCACCACAAAAGUCCCCAAGUAUAACAGUAACUGAACCUGAUACCUCAACUGUCCAUAAAUUAAGUGCCUCAGUCAUUGUGCAUGUCAACCAUGGGUGCACAGGUGGUCCAUACCUGGAUAACUCCCGAGUGGGAGAGCUUCCACUGCAGUUUGGUCCUGGAAGUCUCAAUCGAGUUGUGCGAGAAUCUGUACAAGCACUAGCAGAUGCUGCACCAGAUCCCAGAGCAGUUACUUCUCUUCUACCUCAUGGCAAUGGCAAAGUCAUUAUCAAAAGUACUGUUGAUGGUGAGCCUGAGACACACCGCCUUCCAUCUCUAGAGAAAGUGGAGGACUUCUGGAGUGUGUUAGAAACACUGUUUGAAGACCUCAUGUGCUGUGAAAACUUUUAUACCCAACAACCUGUGAACCAUUGUACAAAGUGUGCCCGCCAGAGUCCUGCACAGUUCAAAAGAGAGCAAGAGGCAGCACAAGUUGCAGUUGGUGUUAAGAGAUCAGCUUCCAGUGAACCCAGUGAAACCCUUACACCCUCUAAGGUUGCUAAGCCUGUCUUGCAAGAGCCAUCCCCCUCCUCGGUGAGUGAGCCGGGCCAGAGUCCCCGGCCCCGCGGUGAUCCGGCAGAGUGGACCGUUGAGGAAGUCAUCACACACAUUGCCAACACUGACCCCGCACUAGCCAACCAUGCUGAUCUGUUCAGACGACACGAGAUUGAUGGAAAAGCUCUCCUUUUACUCAACAGUGACAUGAUGAUGAAGUAUAUGGGACUUAAACUUGGUCCUGCACUCAAGAUAUGUAACCUCAUUAAUAAGAUACGUGGACGCAAACAUCUCGUCACAUAAACUGUGUCAGUGGAAAUGUGAUACUUUGUUGAUUUGUCAUGUAGACUACCUGUUACCUACGUAGUUUGGAACAGGAGGAAGUAUCCACCUUGUACAAGACUGUGUGUGACUCCUGUAGAUGUAAUUCCUAUGGCCACCGUGCAGGGUUAAUUCUGACGUGUACAGUAUGUCACACCCACCUUCAUCCGUCUUAACCAUGAUAGGUUAUGUCGGAAGAGUUAUUCUUGUUAUCCCAAUUUCAUGGAGAUAAUUGUUGUAACUAAAUUUUAUUUAUUUAUUUAUUUAUUUAUUUUAUUUUUUAUUUAUUUUUUAAUCUUAUUUUUAAUAUAAAUAAACUGGCAUCUUCCAAAGAAAAAACACUAAGUUUAGCAUGUAUAGACAUCAUGGAAGAAACAGCAUGAUAGCUUGUGGUUAUUGCAAAUGCCUAAAACAUGAAGUAGGACCACAUGCAUGAAAUGGAAUGAAUCUGUAUAGUUUAUUUUGUCAAGAGUACUGUAUAUCAAUAAAUAUGUGUCUUGUCAACAUGUCAGGGAAAGAAACAUGUGUAAUAUGUACAAAAGGCACUUAAAUAAGAGGACUAGCAUUCUUGUUAUGGUUUUACACUAUUAGGUAUGUCCAAAUACUGUACAGUGGUAUUUUUUAUCUGAAAAUAACUGUUGGGAAAGAAAGCUAAUUUUAUUGUAGACUUUUUUGUGUGUGUGCAUCAGUUACUAAUUUUAUCACAAAUUUAUUAGAUGCGGUAAGCAAGGGUGCAGAAUACAGGAAUCAGGUUAAGGGUUGAGAUAAACAUUGAAGAGUGUUAGAAUGGCUUUAAUGUUCAUAAUUAUUGUUAGGUUCAUAAAUUAUGUGAUUGGCUUGUCAUUAAUGUAAUCUUUCAUCCCAUGGCAGAAUGAAGACUCCAUUUGAGUUUUGGGAACAGGCUUGCUGAUUUAACUGAUAAUUAAUUUGGGGGGAAAUACAUUCUACAUGAAGUAAAUAUAUUGAUAGUACCCCGGUAAUACCCCGUGAUUUUGGGGAAUAUUUGAGAGGAAGGGUUUAUUUCACCAGCAUCUGGUUCCCAGAAUUAUCACUUUGAUCAUUACGAGUCAGUUACUCUAAGGACUUGUCAAAAUGAUGCUUACAUAACCAGCAUCUGUUUUUUUUUGUGGUCCUGUUUCCUCUGAAGCAGUAGUCAUACCCAUCUAAUCUAGCCUAAGUAACCUAAUGAGAGUUACCCACAUGGAAUGAAAAAUGACUUAAGUUUUUAAUUGGGUGAACUUCACCAGCUCUACAAAUUACAAAAUGGUACAAGGAGAAUUGAUUGCAGGUGAAACAGUCACUUCAAAUUUGAAAAGAAUUUAUAGUGAUUGUACCUCUGGAAAUAGCUGUUUUGAAAAUUUGUAUUGAAGUUCAUUUGCAUCAAUUGUAGUUAAUGUAAUUUGACAGUUGUAAAUAAAGUAUGUGGUGAUUGCAUGGCAGUACAGUCUGAGUUAGCUAUUUCAUCUCGUGACAGUGAUCAUUGGGUGGCCAUAUUGACCGAGGUAGUUGGGGGCAAAGCAUAAAGACCAGAACUUUAAUUGAUGCUAACAUAAAACAGGAAAUUACAUCACUAAUUUCAGUAAUCUAAGAAAAAAAUAGAAUAGAAAUAAAACUGAAAAGUCUAGUCAAAAUUUAAUGUACAGUUAAAGAAGUAGUAGAAUGAACAAUUACAUAAGAUGAUACUGUUGGGUUUGUGGUAGAUGCUAUUGGCUUAAUGGUUGCAUUUAUCUUGAUAUCUCUGGGUAAAUGAAACUACCCCAAAAAAUUUUAAGAACAAAAAAACUUCUUUUGACAGCUUUAAUUUAUAGAUUCUUAUGUUGUAUUUCUGGGAUACCAAAGGGGGUGAAGAGAAAGCCUUGGGUUAGUUCACAUAUAGUGGGGAUGAUUGUUUAAUUAUUAUUAUUGAAAGUUUAUUUGUGUUCUGUUUGGAUGUCAUUUUCUUUCAUACAGUGUUUAGUCUAAAUCACCGGAUUUCUUUAGCUAUAUUUCCUUAUCUUUUAAUCAAGCCAUUUCAAACGGUCAGACAUACAGCUUUACAUAAACUUUUGAGUAUUGCAAGUGUUAUCCUUGGGACUACAAUCUGUCUCCAACUUUACAUCUUGUUCUUUUAAUAUUACUGGACUUGUGAUAGAAAAUGCAGCCCUCACUACUAAUUACCCAAUACAUCAUUUGGUUACAGGUGUUGUGACUGAGACAUAUGUGUGAUGUAUCAUUAUGUACUGUGUAGCCAGCACAUAAUUUACGUUAACAUCUGGUGCCUGUUGACUCUCUCUCUCUCUCUCUCUCUCGUUUGGUUAGAAAAAAUAUGAUUUCACUGCAUUAUUUUGAGAUUAUAGGAAAGUUAUUUUUUAUUUUUAUUUUUUUCUUCAUGAAAAGGCUAUGUUCACAUAUAUGUUUUGUACUACUGAAGUUUACUGUAGUGUAAUUUAAUUUUGAACAUACACUUUGAUUCUCAAGUGAAUAAAUGAGAAAGAUUUGUCACAAAAUUAAUUUCUAUCUUUAAUACAGAUGAAGUAUUUGUGAGAACAUUGGUUUAUUGAAAGAAUUUUGAAUUUCUCUGCACGAAAAGCAUACCACUGAUGUAUUUAUGGGCACUUGAGCAUCACCUGAAAGUGUGAGUAUAUAACACAUUGUCUUGUUUGAAAAUCUAGAUAAUGAAACUAUAUAUAGUACUGGAUUGUGGAAACUAAAUAUUAUGUGAUUAUAAUGUGUAUGGGAGGAUGUACUGUAUUCAGAUUUAACCCUUUGAGGACGGUGAUGGCAGUUUGUGGUCGUUACCCAUUUAAUGGGGAAUAUCAAAUAAUAAAAGAAAAAUAUAA